AUGGAGCCAGAGGUAACGUUAACCGGUCAUGACUUGUUGACUAGGCUAGCGUUAGACACUGGACAACUUUGUUGCAACUCUAGUUGAAGGUAAAUAGCUAAUUGCGUCUGAAGUGUUUUGUGUAACACACCCCAACAAAUAAUGUUAGCAAGCAACUCAACUGCAACUAAAAUUGCAACACAGUUUCUGCAUGUACCUGUUAGAAAUUGCUUAAUUCAAAUCUUGUAUUGGAAUAAGAACCAAGAGAUCUUCAAUCCAAGCUAAAUGUAUUAUAUGCAACAUGUAUGUAUGAUGGUUCGUAUACGGGCUCACUGAAAUACCACGCAGGGCACUCAGAGAACUAAUCCAUUGUUACAGGUUCUUCUUCAAAUACUCUGACAGAGAUAUUUCCCACUCCCUGCUGGCCAAUCAGAGUAGAGACUGAGCGUGGUUUAGACUUACUCAGCCAAUCCGUUGGCGCACGGGCUGGUCCCAACCCCUUGGCGCUCCACCGUUCCCAGGCAUAAGUUGCUAUCAUAAUAACCUGUGGAGUUAGGACUUUUUUGCAGUACCGAUGUCCUUGGACGGUUCACAGAUCACAAAGAAGCAGUGUAGUCUAAUAUUUUGAGACAAGUUCUUAUCUCAUCUUACCCCCUAACGUUCCACACAUGAAUCACAGCCUAUUAUGUGAAACAAUUGAUAUCAGUAUAGUACAAACCUAUGCUUAUCAUUAAUGCAUUCCUUCUAAGCUAUUAAUUCACAUACAAAUCCAAUUAUUAGAAAAUAGAACCCCACAUACCUCAGUUAUUAGGUAGUCAAUGUAGGUAGCUUGCACCUCAGAUUGUCAAGUACAGUAAUACAUUUUAUUGACAGACUUGUUUUUGUAAUGUUUUGUUAGCGCCACCUCAUUUAGUUAGACUGAAGUUGACAUAGCUAAUGUUUGCUGAAAAUGAAAUGUCCCUGUAUAUGCUGUGCGUGUGCGUGAGAUCAGUGUUGACCAUAACUCGCUGUAUGAACCUGAGAGCUCAGAAUCACAAUCAUCACAGUGCAAGCCUAGAUAUACUAUUGGGGGAGCGGGUUGGUCUUCCGAAAAUGGACAAGGAGCAGGCCAUUCAACAAGGGAAUCGGAGUGGAAUUGUUUUUCCACUGAUUUGUUUGACCCGUUUCAACGUAUGUGCUACCUUGUCCCGGUCCUGCUGUUUUGACUUUUGUUAGAAAUUGCGUAAUUCAAAUCUGGUAUUGGAAUAAGAGAAAACAUAAUCAAGAGAUAUUCAAUCCAAGCUAAAUGUAUUAUAUGCAAAAUGUAUGUAUGAUAAGUAUGAUGGUUCGUAUACAGGCUCACUGAAAUACCACGCAGGGCAGACAGAGAACUGAUCCAUUGUUACAGGUUCUUCUUCAAAUACUCUGACAGAGAUAGUUCCCACUCCCUGCUGGGCCUAUCAGAGUAGAGACUGAGCGUGGUUUAGAUUUACUCAGCCAAUCCGUUGGCGCACAGGCUGGUCCCAAUCCCUCGGCGCUCCACUGUUGCACACUGUUGCCAGGCAUAAGUUGUUAUCACCACAACCUGUAGAGUCAUCACCCAUAGACACCGUUCCACUGUACUCUAAGUACCUAUGUUCAAGGACGGUUCACAGACAACAGUUCACAGACAACAAAGAGGCAGUGUUCAUAUCUGUGAGAAAUACAAGUCUUAUCUCAUCCUACCCCCUAAUGUUCCUCACAUGAAUCACAGCUUGUUAUGUGAAACAAUUUAUAUCAGUACAGUACAAACCUUUUAUGCUUUAAUCAUUAAUGCAUUCUUUCUAAGUUAGUCAUCCCAUCCAGUUAUGAGAAAAUAGAUCCCCACAAUCCCCCUUUUCACACCCACUGGGUGUGAACCCAAAAUAAGAAAACACAGGGUGUCACUCAUUAAAAUACAAUACAAACGAAAAUAAUCACACUUUUAUUAAUAGGCAAUAAUGAUACUAAAAAAUAAAAACCCUCAGUCCAUCUACACCCAACUUGUAAACGGUUGGCUACCAGUCACCCAGGAACUUCAAACCUUCACAUAAGGAAAGACAAACAUUCACAAUGGUUAACUUGAUUAAUAAAGCAUAAAACACAGGAUUAAUAGAACACAAAACACAAGAUUAUUAAAACUCUAGGGUGUGAUUAAGACAUUUUUAAGGGAAAAUUUAGGAUUCCCUCUUUUGACACCAUUUAUGGUGUCACUCCAUAUAACAGUUUAAACAGAAUAUAAACAACCCUGAGAAUAACAGGAUAUGGAAAUUAAAUCACAUCAAAAAAUGUUAAUAAACCAAAAAAUAAUAAUUUUAACCCUCUAUUUCUCCCCUACACCUAACAUGUACUGAGUUGGCUACCAGCCACCCAUGAAUCCUUUACCUUCACAUCAGGAGGAAUAAACAACCACAGUGGUUAGUAAAAACAUAAGGUAAUAAAUGAGCAAGAACUGAAAAUAAAUGCGUGUUUUUUUUCUUUUUUCUUUUUUUUUCUUUAGGCAAACCAUGGAUCAUCCAGCUUGGUCUCAGAGUCAGUAGCAGAGUCACCCGCAUCAUCCUGGGCCGGUAACAACGGCAUCAUACCUGACGCCUGCACCACUCCUACCACUGACUUCCUGAGACAGGGGAUGAAGCAAGCAGCACAACACAUUAACAGCAAAAACACAAUUACUAGGGUCAGAAAUCCAGUAACCAUCAUAGAAGAAUACUUACCGAACCAGUCACUCAACCAGGAGAACAGCCCACCACUCUCCACUCCAGCCAUGCUCUUCAUUUCUGCUGACAACUUAUCCAGGCCAACAAGGGCCUUUGUGAUGCUCCCGUCAGGGCUAGUAUUGGUAGGAAUAAACGUACAGCAUUGUUCCCCAAACAUCUUACACACACCCCCUUGGUUAGCAAGCAACAUGUCAAGUGCUAGUCUAGUUUGCCUAGCCACCCUAGAGGUGGCCUCUAGUUGCUCAGACAUUCCAGUCAGGGCAGUGCGUGUGUAGUUAACAAAUCGCUGUUGGUUAUAAUAGAUGUAAUUUAUCCAAGAUCGCUGUUUAGCAGCAUCUAUGGCAGGUCCUAUGAUUGGCAACAAAUGCCACAACCCAUCAUUCCUGUUGAGUGACUGGAACUGUAAUGGUACUCCCACAGGCACCCCCAACAGGUUAGAGUGGAUCUCCUCUCCUGCUGACCAUGGGGCACUACGUCUCCCCCGCCUCAUUCUCUCUCUGUCUGGGGCUAGCUGGGCGAUCCCCAAAAGUUGGUCUGAGGAAACAAUAAUGGUCAGUGAUACAAUUAAACUAGCUAAUGCACACGUGCCCUGCCAGUCCCCCUUUAGAAUCGGGGUUAGUUUUCUAUUUGGCCCACAGAUCCACCACACAUCAGCCACCCCCUUUGUCUGGGUUUUACCCUCUACUGGCCAAUUGAUGUUCAUAGUUACAUUCACAGCACAGUCCCCUGGUGGUAGCCUACCAUAGUUAACACCCUUACCUGUUCCAGUAAUGCAACUGUAAUUACCUCCAUAAGCCUGAACUCCCACAGGUGCCUUUUGUGGGGGAACCUCAGGGAAAAUCAAACUUAGGGCUUUGCACAGGGUGGUGUUUGGCAGUGAAUGGUAGAACUCUUCCAAUAUGCACUGCCAUCCUUCCCCUUCUCCUAAGGCGAAUGGGUGGGUUGCCAACCCAGGUCUUGCAUGCCCACAGAUAACACAAUUCUGCCUGACCAGUGUCCUAGCCGUAUACCUCAUGUAUGCCAACCACAUAUUUUCUUUCCCUUCAUAGCCAGUUUCUGUCCCCAAUUGGUCGCUGUCCGUUAUAUCCCUAACAUUAAUCACCUGAACGGGGUUUGGUAUCUUAGUGGGUUGAAGCUGAGCUGGUCCUGGAGUGGUGAUGUGGUUCAACUGGGUCUGUCUCUCCCCAGCUGCAGGUUUGGGUGUGACCGCAAUGGUGAACAUACCCAUGGUGUCUGGUCCGGAUCGUACUGCUGCUAAGGUGUACACACCUGCGUCUGUAAGUUUAAUGUCUUGGAUGGUUAGUAGGAUUUCAUCGCCUUUACAUGCACCCCCUUUUGACCCCUGCACACCCCUUAUCAUUGAAAACCUAGCUGCUUUAGAAGCAUCUCCUAAUGCAAAUGGAUAGCCUCUACGCCAUUCCCAGAAGGUACCAACAUUUGUGAUCAUAUAGUCCCAAAUAUGGACACCACUUUCCCUCACACAGAUAAGUACCUCUAUUUAACACAUGGGGAUACAUUUUGUUACAGUUUUCCUUCUGGUUCCAAUUGCAACCAGUGUCCCCAAUUCCACUAGCCCUAUUCCUCCAUGACCAGAUCUUACAUGGUUCUAGGGACAUCACUUGAGAUUCCCCUUGCUGUAAGGUAAUGACUAUAUCAUGAUACUGACUGGAAGUCACUGUUCCCCAUAGGGCCAGACCCACUACUAACCAUAACAUCCUCCCCUUCUGCAGCCAAGUCCUGUUGUACUUGAUCUAGAGUUCUUCCUGGAGCUAUAUCAUUGGCACAAUGUGUUCUGUGGUACCACACGUCCUUCUUACUCGUGUUUACCCUCAGCGAGUGACUUGAUACCUCUUUCACCUGAAAGGGUCCCUCCCACCUUGGCUCCGUCCACUUCCUGGAAUGCACCUUUACUCUCACCUAGUCUCCCACCAGGAUGUUUCUGUUCUCGUCCGUGGUUUCAACAGCAGGAGUGCGCACUUCCACCACCUGUUUAGACAAUCUUUCAACAAGAUAAAUUAGCGCCUGCAUGUAAUCUGUGUAUCUGAUUUUUGCAAUAUCUAGCCUAGGCAUACUAAGAUUGUCUGCUGGUGGCCCUGGCAUUCUGCGUCCUGUCAUAAGCUCCUGUGGAGUCAAGUGGGUAUCAGACCCAGGUGAAUUUCUCAUUGACAUUAGAGCAAGGGGUAGGGCAUCUACCCAUUUCAGUUUGGUGCCUGCCAUGAUUUUAGCCAUUUUUCGUUUCAGAGUCUGGUUAGCGCGUUCAACGAGUCCCUGCGAUUGGGGAUGAUAGACUGACCCGAACUUGUGAGUGAUCCCUAGGGCCUGUUCUACCUCUCUCAGGUGUUCAUUCUUGAAAUGGGUACCAUUGUCGGAACGGAUCAUUCGCGGGACUCCAAACCUUGGAAUGAGGUCUCGCCUCAGCCACUUAAUCACGGUCUUUGCGUCUUCUCUUGCUGUGGGGAUGGCUUCCACCCAUCUGGUGAAUCUGUCCACCAUUACCAACAGGUACCUUUUUCCUUCCACUCUGUUGUCCUGUCCCAUGUCCGUGAAGUCUAUGCAAACAUCUUGAAAUGGUGCAUCAGGUAUUGGGAAGCUACCUAUUACUGCUCCAAGUGACACGUUGUUGUUGUAUUGUUUGCACACUUCACAGCUCUCUGUCUCUCUUGCCAUAUCCAACAUGUGUGGAUGCCACCAUGCUUUCUCAACUGAUUUUGUGACACUUUUCCAUCCUCCAUGAGCCUUCUCAUGCUCUUCCCUUAAGAUUGAUCUGAGGAGUUUUGCAGGUCCCACUGUUUUUCCUGUGUGAGAUCUCCAAAUCCCAUGAUGGUCUUGCCUUGCUCCCUGUCUGCUCCAUACGUUCUGUUCGUAGGCGCCUGCGUCUUCUUGCAACUGUCUUACUGUGUCUGUCGUCAACUCCUCCUGUCCUUGAGUGGCUCGUUGCACCAUCUGCUGGGCAGUGUAUCCUCCUGCAUCCUUUGCUGCUUGAUCAGCCCGAUCAUUUCCUUCACGCACUCUGGUGCUUUCUCUGCUGUGACCUUUGCACUUCAUUAUUGCCACUCGUUUGGGAAGCUGGAUUGCAUCAAUUAACUUCUGUACUUCAACCUUGUGUUUGAUGGGCUCAUUUGAGCUGGUCACAAAUCCUCUCCUCAUCCACUGUGGUCCAUCAAUGUGUGCAAUCCCAUGUGCAUAGGCAGAGUCUGUGUAGAUGUCCACAUUCUUCCCUUCACUUAGUUGUAGAGCUCUCCUCAACGCCCUAAAUUCAGCUAGCUGUGCUGAACUUUCAUUGGGACCCAGUUUUUUUGCUUCAAUGACUUUGUGUUCUCCUUCUUUGUCUUGCUUUACCACAGCAUAGGCAGCAAUGUUCCCUUCCUUUGGGUCUUUUGACCUGUAGCAGCAUCCAUCUGUAAACAGGGUGGUCUUGUUGCCCUCCAGGGGUGAGUUCUGUAGAUCCAUCCGAACCUUGAUUUGUUUGGGUGCCCUGUCUUCACAUACAUGUGGUUCUCCCUGACCCAUGCCAUCAGUCAUGUUGGUUGUGGUUGUCACAUAGGUAAUGUGUUUUGCAGUGAUGGCCUUUGUUAUAUUGGAUUUCCUUUUGCUGGACAGUGUGAAAAGUUUAGAACCAAUAAAAGCUGUCACUCCAUGGUAUGUGUUGAUUUCAAGCGGAUGUCUCAUUACAAUGUGAGCUGUUUUGCCUACAGCUUUAGCAAUGGCAGCCAUGUGUCUGGCACAGUCAGUUUGUCCUGUCUCAAUGUUGUCCAGUUUUGCACUGUAGUAAUGUAACACUCUUCUCUCCCCCUUUUGUUUCUGAUACAGGAUGGAAUGCACAUAACCGUCCCUCUCAGAAACAUCCAAACAGAAUGGCGUGGUAUAAUCAGGUAAGGACAGUGCUUCAGCCUGUGAUAGUGUCUGUUUGAGUUGGAUGAAAGCUGCCUCUGCCUCUGGAGUCCACUUAAGGACUGCUGUGAGAUUUAUGUUUCCUGCUUCUCUCAAGAUUGCCCGCAGUGGUUCCACUUUAAGACAGUAUUCUGGCACGUGUGUUCUGCUGUAUCCAGUAAGGCCAAGAAAUGACAAAAGGUGUUGUACAGUAGUGGGUUUGGGAUGUUCCAAGAUUGAUGUCCUCUGGGCCGUAGAGACAGCUUGUCCCUUUCCUGACAGUACUCUCCCCAGGAACUGUACACUUCUCCUACAGCACUGCACUUUCUCUUUCUUCACCUUAUACCCUUUCUUAGCUACCAAGAGGAGAAGGGACUUGGUUGCCUGCAAACAAGACUCAGCAGUGGGUGCUGCCAACAGGAGAUCAUCAACGUAUUGAAGCAGUGUCACCCCUUCUGGUAAUGUUAACUCUUCCAAGUGACUCUUCAGGAUAGUGUUGAAGAUUCCUGGGGAAUCACAAUAUCCUUGUGGAAGACAAGAAUAGGUGAAUUGCUGUCCUCUGUAGGUGAAUGCAAAUAGUGGCUGAGACACUGGGUGUAACGGGAUGCAGCAAAAAUGCAUUAGCAAGGUCCACUACUGUAAGCCAGUCUUGGGUGGGUGAGAUGUUCUGCAGGGCCAGAUAUGGGUCUGGUACAGGUCUAACAUCCGGUACAGUUACCUCGUUGAUUGGUCUGAAGUCCUGCCCCAUCCUCCAUUUUCCAGUGUCACCUUUCUUUACUGGUAAGAUGGGAGUGUUCCAGUUGGAGCAGGUUGGAUAUAUGACUUGCCCUUUUUGAAGUCCUGAUAUUGUAGGCUCAAUUCCCCUUGUCUUUUCUUCACUGAGUGGGUAUUGGCAAACUGGAACAGUAAGGCCGCUGUCCUUUCGAAUUGAGACCACCACUGGUUCUAUAUCAACCAGCCCCACAUCCUCAGCAGUUGAUGUCCACAGUUGUUCUGGUAAUUGGUUGAAAAUGUUGACCGUGUCUGGAUGGUCAGUCAUUUCUCUUCCAUGGUAACGAGAUCUUCUCACCACUUCAGGUUUUCCAAUGUCAUCCACGUUUAGUAAGAUUCUCCAAACCUGAUUUCCAUCCAUGACUGAGCUUUGAAUCUUGUAACAGGCGCUCUUGCUCCACUGCAGGCAGCUUGCCUUCUUUACUGCUGGUCCCAAUGAUCUUGCCUCAUAGCCAAACCCUACUAGGAGAGUAACAUGUGGUACAGAGUCACCAGGAAGGGCGUACCAUUUGUCUGUCAGUACCACAUCUCCAUCCAUUACCAUGCAACUGGUUGCCACUACUCCUUUGAGUAUGUACAUGUGAUUGCUUGUCACAUUUGGUCGUCUGUCCUCCAUUUCUUCUUCCCAUGCUUCAUCAUAUGCUUCAUCCAGGUCUCUGGUGUAAUUCAUUGUGACGUGUGGAGGGUCCUCAGGAGGGUAGUAUGCGUUCAAAGUCUGUAUCCAUGCCUUCCAUAGCUGGAACUCUCUGCAUACACUGGGAGCAUCAGGGUCAGUAUCCAUUAACUCCAGCCAAUACACAUAUGCUUCUUCCUCCUCCUCCUCUUCUGAGUGUGUUCCCAUGUACAGCAUGCGUGGGGGAUCAGAGAGUUCCUUCAUGAGUAUUGGCAUGAGUUCAUCAAUAGGUGUGAUAGAAGCAUGCAGUCCCUCUUGGUUACAAUAGAUGCUGCAUCCCAGCUUGGAGAGCAAGUCCCUUCCCAUUAACCCCACCGAACACUCUGGAUUGUAGAGAAACUGGUGAGUUACUUGCAGGUCAUCCCAUACAACUUCCAAUGGAACUGUAUAUGGCUUUCUCAUAAUAGCCCCAGAAACCCCAGAGAAAGCUUGUGUCUUGGUAGUGAGUGGAUAUGAUGCUUGUACAGAAGACCAUGUACAUCCUGUAUCAAUCAACAUAUUAUGUUUUCUUCCUCCAAUUAAACAAGACACUACCGGUUCUGACCCUGGUGGAAAUGAGUAGAUGUUGGUGUUGAGGUUAUAUUGGGUUUCUGGGCAGCUUCAUUGGGGGUCCUGGUUGGGGUGUUGCAUUCCCAUCCAUGACAUACUUGGUAGCAGUGCAGCAUUGGGCACUGGUUGAGGCUGCCCAUUGUUUUCUCCAGGGUAUUGUUGAGGUGAUUGAAAUUGAAGGCCUCCUUGCCAGCUUCCUCGUCCCUGUUGGAACCUUGGCAUUCCUCUUCUUUGCUGUCCACCAUACCCUCUUCCUUUUUGUUGUCUUGAUAGCUGGUGUGAGUGUGGGCAAAAUCUUGCCAUGUGUCCUUCUUUCCCACAAUUAAAACAUCCUCUAUCUGCGGGGUGCAUAGCCAGGCUGUUGAGGUGGGUCUGGUUCUGUGUACAUCCCGACAGAGAAAUACCCAUUUGGCCCCACAGGAGCCAUCAUCUGGGGUGCCAUCAUCCCAGCCAUUGCCUGUACUACUGCAGCAGCCGCGGCUGCAGCUGGAUCAAUACCUGGCACACCCUGUGCAUUCGGGGUACUGGUCACAACCAUCUGUUUGCCUGGUUUGUCUUCAGCUAGUUUUUUCAAAACUUUCUUCUGUAGCUGCUUUAGUUUGUCUUCCUCCUUCCUUUUGCCUUCCCUCCAUCGCUCCACAUGAUGUUGGGCUAUUUCUGUGAACUCUGGGAUGGAUUUUGCUGUGAGUGCUACAACCUUCUCACACUCUACCCGUGCCUGGUCAGGGAGUCCUCCCAGACAACUUGCCAGGAAGAGGUGACUCAUUGCAUUCUUGGUUUGGCUCUUCAUUCCAUGCUUGUCUCCAGAGGCACUUUGCUCUCUUACAUUUACAUUUACGUCAUUUAGCAGACGCUCUUAUCCAGAGCGACUUACAGUUAGUGCAUACAUUAUUCUUUUUAAUUUUCAUACCCCAUGGGAAUCGAACCCACAACCCUGGCGUUGCAAACGCCAUGCUCUACCAACUGAGCUACCUCCCUGCCGGCCAUUCCCUCCCCUACCCUGGACGACGCUGGGCCAAUUGUGCGCCGCCCCAUUGGUCUCACGGUUGCGGCCGGCUACAGCAGAGCCUGGAUUCGAACCAGGAUCUCUAGUGGCACAGCCUUAGACCACUGCGCCACUCGGGAGACCAUCUUCAUGUAGGCUGGUAUGGUUUCAUCAUCAUUCAAUGUCAGUGUUCUCAUGAGAUCUGGCCUUGCCUGAGUGGGAUACUUCCUUCUAACUGCAUCCUAUAUGACAGUUCGGUAUCGAUCAAAUCCAGUUGCUGCUCCUACUAUUCCUCUCAGACCUGCUUGUGUAAGUAUCUCUUGGCAUUCUUGAUCUCCCAUGCACCUGUUCAUCACUGCCACCAUAUCCCCUAUGGUGAGUUCAUCUGCUGCAGUAAGGCUCUCAAAAGCCUUCACCCACCUGUGUCCUGAUUCUUCAGGCUGGGGUAAACUGUCAACCAGAGUUUGCACAUCCCUGUGUGGCCAGGGCUUGUAUACUGAAGCUCCCCCUGUUGUUUCUCUCAGAGGAUACUGACCCCCACAGUUACCCCCUCUCCCUUGAGUUUUGGCCUGUGUGCGUUGUGCAGGCCCUUCCUCAUCCCAAAUGUCUCCUUGGAAAGCUCCAUAGAGCAUUUUUGUCGGCUUUGUGUCUUCAUACUCUUCCUCUUCUUCUCCCAGAUCAAUACAAUGGCCCCCCCUUGGCUCUGGUGUUCUUUGCAGUGAUGUGAGUGCCAACUCCUUUCUGUCUUCUCUCACUUGCUGUUCCAGUACUUUCAGUUCCUUUCUUAAUUCGGCAUUGUUGUCAUAACUGGUUGAACUGGCUGUACUUCUUCCUCCUACUUCCUCAUUCUCUCUCUCACUUGCUCUGGUUUGACACAAGUCCCGGUACUCUGUACUUCUCUCUGAGCCUUCUUCCUCUUUAUCCAGUCUACUCAGCUGAGAAAUCUGUUCUUUCAGUUCUCGUGCGGCUUUCAACAUCUGUUCGAUGUCACUUCUUCGUCUAUUCACCUCCUCUUCCCCCACCCAUGUAUCCUGCAGCACGCCAUCUUUCUGCUGAUACUGUACCUGCCCAGUCAGUUCCAGCACUGGCAUUGUUUUUGGAGGGUUUUCAUAUGGCGGUGGGGCCGAUGGCAGGGCUGGAUACAACCGAUUCGUUAUCUUGGGUGGUGCUUUGUCUUCCCACAUUUUCUUCAGUUUCUCCAACAUAGCCAAACCAAUCCGCUCCUUUAACCUGGCUUUCUCCAUCGCGUCUUUGGACUUCCUUUCCUCCUUCCACUCACUUACUGCCUUCUCUGUUCUCUUCUUCAGGGCUGUCAUUAUUGUCCUCGGUUCUCCUUCCCCUGGGAUUCCAUUCAUUGCCAUUAUCCAUCCAUCUGCAAUCCAUUCUUUGUAUAACUUUUCUCCUCUCCUCUUCCAUUCCUUCCCGUCUUUUCCCCCAUUUAUCUCGAGGGCGGAUUUCAACACUUUAAUUACUUUAUCUGUCAUUUUAGCCAAUGUUGUUGUAUCUAUACUUUUGUUUUAAGAACUUUAUUUAUUCUUAAUUCUAAUUUAAAACCUUACUGACUCCAAUAUUUUGUAUAAAAAGUGCUUUUAAUGUUAUUGGUCUAAUAUUUUUAGUUAAAAACUCAAAUGGGUAAUAGUAAUACCAUUAGACCACUUAAUUUAACUAAAUGACCAAAAAUGCAAAUAUAAAUAUUCUCUACUUUAUCUCUCCUUCUCCUGGUUAUAAUCUAAAGAUGGUAGUACACACAAAACAUGAUACAGAUAUCCCCAGUCCUAACCCAUCAAUAAUUGUUUGUAUCAACCAAUUAUUGAAUGCGACUUACAAAUUGAAUGCACCAAUUUGUAAGUCGCUCUAGAUAAGAGCGUCUGCUAAAUUAUGUAAAUGUUUGUGUGUGUGUGUGUGUGUGUGUGUGUGCAGAUCAUGUAGAAGGUUAUUGGUCUCUAUGUAGAGGUUAGUUAACAAUAUAAACUCUCCAUACUCCAGGACCGUGAUAUAGUCAUCAAGGUGAUUGAACAAGUACCGUUAAGGCUGAUAUUAGUGUAGUAUUGGGGUAGACAGCUACUGGGGCAGAGUACAGGCCUUUACAUUGACUUGAAGAGGAGGAGAGGGGGAUAAGAGAGGGUGAAGAGAAGGGAGGAAAGGGGGGAAGGUGUAAAAGAGGACACAGCCUGUCUGGACAAGGUUUAUUGGACAUUCUUGGACUGCUGGAGCGAUUUGGGGGAAGUGUGUGUGUGUGUGUCGGUGGAUGGAAGGUGUGUGUGUGUGUGUGUGUGUGUGAUUUGGGGGAGGUGUUGACACUGACUGCAGUGUCCAAUUUGCACUUGUCACUGUGGCUUUGGAUCCGCCCUGACCUCUGAACUCCUCAGACCGUAUCUGUAAUGAGCCUCAACUCAGCUCAGCUCCAAGUGUUAAAAUCACACCGUGCUACACACACACCUUCUCCUGCCGUGGCUAGGAGGUCUUCAGCCUGCCGUCCAUUCUUAGGCCCACUCACACUUAAACUAUACCAUUGGUGUGUAUAGGCCUGAGGCAAGUCAACAAGUAUUGACACUUUACAUAUUUUGUAUUGUUAUACACACACACACACACUACACACACACACACACACACACACACACUCACACUCACACUCACACUCACACUCACACUCACACACUACACACACACCACAAGUUCAGAAAUGUCCUUCCCUAGCUCUGCUUCUCUAAUACUGUCUCUCUGUAAUGUGUGUUAUCUCUCUAAUGAAUCAUUAGAUCCAGCCCUGGCUGCUGGACAUCUCUGAUAACACUAUAGACUAUCUAGUGGCAAUGAGCUGAUGUUGGGAUAGUAAUGACUGGGCUGGCCUCUUUCAGCCUCUAUACAGCACAAUACAACUCUCCAGACAACACACACGUCAGGUCUGACUCAUCACUAAACUAAGUGGGGUUUUGGCUGGUGUGUGUGUAUGUGUGUGUGUGUCUGUGUGUGUGUGUGUGUGUGUGUGUGUGUAUCAGAAGGGUAGUGUUAGUAGAGAAUUAUCAGUAGAGGAGUAUCUUUAUACCAGAAAAUGUCCUGCUCUGAGAUACGAGGACGAUACAGGAAUCACUCCAGACAAUCCUGGGCUCCCAUAUGUAUGGGUAGUCUGUCUGUAUUUGAUGGUGUGUAUAUGUGCAUUUGUGUACAUGUAUGUCUGUAUAUGGGUAUGUGUGUUCUUGUGUGAGUUAAUAAAUAAUGGAUAGAUAGAGGGGGGUUGGCUUUGAUGGCCAGGUUUUUGCCAGGCCUGUGCAAGGGUAUGCAUGCACAUUCAUGCAUGUUUGUGUGUGAGCCAAGGGAUGCCUGCAAUGUUUCUGGUACCACACCAAAUCAAAUCAAAUCAAAUUUUAUUGGUCACAUGCGCCGAAAACAACAGGUGCUGAUAUUACAGUGAAAUGCUUACUUACAGCCCUUAACCAACAGUGCAUUUAUUUUUAACAAAAAAAGUAAAAAUAAAACAACAACAAAAAAAGUGUUGAGAAAAAAAAGAGCAGAAGUAAAAUAAAAUAACAGUAGGGAGGCUAUAUAUACAGUAGGGAGGCUAUAUAUACAUGUUGAAACAGCCGGUAUAAGUGACAGUCCUCUGCUCAUCAGAUCCAUAAUUCACACACACACACACACACACACACACACACACACACACACACACACACACACACACAGAUCAGUCAGUGCUCAUCAAAGCCCAACGCAUUGGUUGACAUCUGUAACACAGAACCAGAUCUGUGUGUUCAAAAGCUCUUCAUAGGUUAAGUCAAUGUCGAUAGUGUUAACCCCUCUGUUUGGAUAAGGAAAUAACACAGUACCACAUUUCCAGUAUAUUUGUUACAUGUGGAAAUCAAAAUCACAACUCUGGUGUUGAUAGCACCCUGCUCCAUAUGAACUGUGUGUAAAACCUUAACUCCUGUCACCAUAUGCGUGUGCCUGCGUGUAUCUCCUGUCACGCAGCAGUAAACCAUGAAAGACCCUCUAACCGUGAACCAGUAGUGGUGCAUGGGUAAAAUCACUGCGGAAGCCAAGCCCCCCCCAUUCCAGCACCAUUUCAACUUCAACAUUUCAACAUCAUCAAAUCACCUCUGCUUAGUCUAAUACAGUGACAACUAAAACCUAGGACUUGACAUAGAUUAAAUAGAUUAAUCAAAUCUCACAUUGUUGUCCAUUUUUGCUCAAUCUUCCAUGCUUUCUCAAACAGCUGUAACUGUAUAUGCAUUCGUAAAUCAGGUCCUUUCUUGAGUUGGGCUCUGGGAUGUAACAACCAUUGAGCAUCUAAUCUUAUGGUUGAUUGUGGAGGAAAGGGGUUGAGUGUGUUAGAGUAUGUGCGUGUAUGUUUAUCCCACAUCUGUUGCAAGGGGGUAAGGAUGUUAGGGAGAACAUAGGAUGAACCACAAUAAUUGUUUGCUAAAAUAAUUGUCAAAAAUGUAAUGUAAUACAAUGGCAAUCUGGGUUAUAGGGCGAAAUAUACUUCUCCCAUGGGCAAAGAAACACAAAAGGGGUGAUGAUAUUAAUUAACAGUAAUUUCGAUCCGAAUGUGCAAAUUUUCCAAACAGAUAUGCAAGGUAGAUGGAUUAUUUUAAAUAUGUUAUUGGACCAUAAACAGAAAUGGCUCAUUAAACUUUACGGACCAAAUAAUGAUGAUCCACACUUCUUUGAAAAUAUAUACACUGCUCAAAAAAAUAAAGGGAACACUAAAAUAACACAUCCUGGUCCUCUGUAGCUCAGCUGGUAGAGCACGGCGCUUGAAACGCCAAGGUAGUGGGUUCGAUCCCCGGGACCACCCAUACACAAAAAAAAUGUAUGCACGCAUGACUGUAAGUCGCUUUGGAUAAAAGCGUCUGCUAAAUGGCAUAAUAUUUUAUUAUUACAUCCUAGAUCUGAAUGAAAUAAAUAAUCUUAUUAAAUACUUUUUUCUUUGUAUGUGAUGACAACAAAAUCACACAAAAAUGAUCAAUGGACAUCAAAUGUAUCAACCCAUGGAGGUCUGGAUUUGGAGUUACCCUCAAAAUUAAAGUGGAAAACCACACUACAGGCUGAUCCAACUUUGAUGUAAUGUCCUUAAAACAAGUCAAAAUGAGGCUCAGUAGUGUGUGUGGCCUCCACGUGCCUGUAUGACCUCCCUACAACGCCUGGGCAUGCUCCUGAUGAGGUGGCGGAUGGUCUCCUGAGGGAUCUCCUCCCAGACCUGGACUAAAGCAUCCGCCAACUCCUGGACAGUCUGUGGUGCAACGUGGCAUUGGUGGAUGGAGCGAGACAUGAUGUCCCAGAUGUGCUCAAUUAGAUUCAGGUCUGGGGAACGGGCGGGCCAGUCCAUAGCAUCAAUGCCUUCCUCUUGCAGGAACUGCUGACACACUCCAGCCAUAUGAGGUCUAGCAUUGUCUUGCAUUAGGAGGAACCCAGGUCCAACCGCACCAGCAUAUGGUCUCACAAGGGGUCUGAGGAUCUCAUCUCGGUACCUAAUGGCAGUCAGGCUACCUCUGGCGAGCACAUGGAGGCCCCCCAAAGAAAUGCCACCCCACACCAUGACUGACCCACCGCUAAACCGGUCAUGCUGGAGGAUGUUGCUGGCAGCAGAACGUUCUCCACGGCGUCUCCAGACUCUGUCACGUCUGUCACAUGUGCUCAGUGUGAACCUGCUUUCAUCUGUGAAGAGCACAGGACGCCAGUGGCGAAUUUGCCAAUCUUGGUGUUCUCUGGCAGAUGCCAAACGUCCUGCACGGUGUUGGGCUGUAAGCACAACCCCCACCUGUGGACGUCGGGCCCUCAUACCACCCUCAUGGAGUCUGUUUCUGACUGUUUGAGCAGACACAUGCACAUUUGUGGCCUGCUGGAGGUCAUUUUGCAGGGCUCUGGCAGUGCUCCUCCUGCUCCUCCUUGCACAAAGGCGGUGGUAGCAGUCCUGCUGAUGGGUUGUUGCCCUCCUACGGUCUCCUCCACGUCUCCUGAUGUACUGGCCUGUCUCCUGGUAGCGCCUCCAUGCUCUGGACACUACGCUGACAGACACAGCAAACCUUCUUGCCACAGCUCGCAUUGAUGUGCCAUCCUGGAUGAGCUGCACUACCUGAGCCACUACCUGUGGGUUGUAGACUCCGUCUCAUGCUACCACUAGAGUGAAAGCACCGCCAGCAUUCAAAAGUGACCAAAACAUCAGCCAGGAAGCAUAGGAACUGAGAAGUGGUCUGUGGUCACCACCUGCAAAACCAGUCCUUUAUUGGGGGUGUCUUGCUAAUUGCCUAUAAUUUCCACCUGUUGUCUAUUCCAUUUGCACAACAGCAUGUGAAAUGUAUUGUCAAUCAGUGUUGCUUCCUAAGUGGACAGUUUGAUUUCACAGAAGUGUGAUUGACUUGGAGUUACAUUGUGUUGUUUAAGUGUUCCCUUUAUUUUUUUGAGCAGUGUAUAAUAAAUUAUCAACUCUGCAAGCAAUUCAAGACUCUAUUAUUAUGGUGGGAGAUUAUAUAAUACCGUUUUAAAUAGCUCAAUGGAUCGUAAAGGAAAUAACACUACAAACUAUCACCCUCAUGCUCUUAAGGAAAUCGUGAAUGUCAUGGAUACAGUAGAUAUAUGGAGGCUUAAAUAUCCUGAUCUAGUGAGAUAUACAGUACAUGGCGGGGACUCAAUCAAGCUAGUCGUCUUGACUUCUUUCUUAUGUAAUUCUCGUUGGCACCAAAAGUUAAAAAAGUGUUGAUAGGGGACAGAAUGCGGUCAGACCAUCAUAUAAUUGGCAUAUACAGUGGGGGAAAAAAGUAUUUAGUCAGCCACCAAUUGUGCAAGUUCUCCCACUUAAAAAGAUGAGAGAGGCCUGUAAUUUUCAUCAUAGGUACAUGUCAACUAUGACAGACAAAUUGAGAAAAAAAAUCAAAAAAAUCCCAUUGUAGGAUUUUUAAUGAAUUUAUUUGCAAAUUAUGGUGGAAAAUAAGUAUUUGGUCACCUACAAACAAGCAAGAUUUCUGGCUCUCACAGACCUGUAACUUCUUCUUUAAGAGGCUCCUCUGUCCUCCACUCGUUACCUGUAUUAAUGGCACCUGUUUGAACUUGUUAUCAGUAUAAAAGACACCUGUCCACAACCUCAAACAGUCACACUCCAAACUCCACAAUGGCCAAGACCAAAGAGCUGUCAAAGGACACCAAAAACAAAAUUGUAGACCUGCACCAGGCUGGGAAGACUGAAUCUGCAAUAGGUAAGCAGCUUGGUUUGAAGAAAUCAACUGUGGGAGCAAUUAUUAGGAAAUGGAAGACAUACAAGACCACUGAUAAUCUCCCUCGAUCUGGGGCUCCACGCAAGAUCUCACCCCGUGGGGUCAAAAUGAUCACAAGAACGGUGAGCAAAAAUCCCAGAACCACACGGGGGGACCUAGUGAAUGACCUGCAGAGAGCUGGGACCAAAGUAACAAAGCCUACCAUCAGUAACACACUACGCCGCCAGGGACUCAAAUCCUGCAGUGCGAGACGUGUCCCCCUGCUUAAGCCAGUACAUGUCCAGGCCCGUCUGAAGUGCAUUUGGAUGAUCCAGAAGAGGAUUGGGAGAAUGUCAUAUGGUCAGAUGAAACCAAAAUAUAACUUUUUGGUAAAAACUCAACUCGUCAUGUUUGGAGGACAAAGAAUGCUGAGUUGCAUCCAAAGAACACCAUACCUACUGUGAAGCAUGGGGUUGGAAACAUCAUGCUUUGGGGCUGUUUUUCUGCAAAGGGACCAGGACGACUGAUCCGUGUAAAGGAAAGAAUGAAUGGGGCCAUGUAUCGUGAGAUUUUGAGUGAAACCCUCCUUCCAUCAGCAAGCGCAUUGAAGAUGAAACGUGGCUGGGUCUUUCAGCAUGACAAUGAUCCCAAACACACCGCCCGGGCAACGAAGGAGUGGCUUCGUAAGAAGCAUUUCAAGGUCCUGGAGUGGCCUAGCCAGUCUCCAGAUCUCAACCCCAUAGAAAAUCUUUGGAGGGAGUUGAAAGUCUGUGUUGCCCAGCGACAGCCCCAAAACAUCACUGCUCUAGAGGAGAUCUGCAUGGAGGAAUGGGCCAAAAUACCAGCAACAGUGUGUGAAAACCUUGUGAAGACUUACAGAAAACGUUUGACCUGUGUCAUUGCCAACAAAGGGUAUAUAACAAAGUAUUGAGAAACUUUUGUUAUUGACCAAAUACUUAUUUUCCACCAUCAUAUGCCAAUAAAUGCAUUAAAAAUUCUACAAUGUGAUUUUCUGGAUUUUUUUUUCUCAUUUUGUCUGUCAUAGUUGACGUGUACCUAUGAUGAAAAUUACAGGCCUCUCUCAUAUUUUUAAGUGGGAGAACUUGCACAAUUGGUGGCUGACUAAAUACUUUUUUUCCCCACUGUACAUUACUCUUACUGAAUUUCCACGUGGGCGAGGAUAUUGGAAAUUUAAUCAAAGCCUUUUGGAUGAUACCUAGAUUCACUAUCAGGGCCCAGGUCUGACAGAAUAUGUGCAGAUGAUCUAGGUGCUGCUGUAGGCCCUCCUUGGUUGGUGACAGAAGCACCAGAUCAUCAGCAAACAGUAGACAUUUGACGUCAGAUUUUAGUAGGGUGAGGCCGGGUGCUUCAGACUGUUCUAGUGCCAUCGCCAAUUUGUUGAUAUAUAUGUUGAAGAAGGUGGGGCUUAAGCUGCAUCCCUGUCUCACCCACAGCCCUGUGGAAAGAAAUGUGUGUGUUUUUUGUCAAUUUUAACCACACACUUGUUGUUUGUGUACAUGGAUUUUAUAAUGUCGUAUGUUUUUCCCCCAACACCACUUUACAUCAAUUUGUAUAGCAGACAAAUUGAGUCAAAAGCUUUUUUGAAAUCAACAAAGCAUGGGAAGACUUUGCCUUUGUUUUAGUUUGUUUGUUUGUCAAUUAGGGUGAUUGCUCUGUUCAAGUAGACUGUGAUUUUGCUGUGAUCUGAUAGGGGUGUCAGUGGGCUGACUGUGAACGCUCUGAGAGACUCUGGGUUGAGGUCAGUGAUAAAGUAGUCUACAGUACUACUGCCAAGAGAUGAGCUAUAGGUGUACCUACUGUAGGAGUCCCCUUGAAGCCUACCAUUGACUAUGUACAUACCCAGCGUGUGACAGAGCUGCAGGAGUUGUGAACCGUUUUUGUUGGUUAUGUUGUCAUAGUUGUGCCUAGGGGGGGCAUAUGGGGGAGGGAAUGCUGUCACCUCCAGGUAGGUGUUUGUCCCCCUGUGUGCUGAGGGUGUCAGGUUCUUGUCCAAUUGUGGCAUUUUAGGUCGCCACAGACUAGUACAUGUCCCUGGGCCUGGAAAUGAUUGAUUUCCCCCUCCAGGAUGGAGAUGCUUCCUUCAUUAAAGUAUGGUGAUUCUAGUGGGGGGAUAUAUGUAGCACACAGGAGGACAUUUUCCUUUGUUGAGAUAAUUUCCUUUUGAAUUUCUAGUCAAAUGUUCCUGUUUUGGUUAAUUUAAUAGAGUGAGUUAGGUCUGCUCUAUACCAAAUUAGCAUACCCCCUGAGUCCCUUCCCUGUUUCACUCCUGGUAGUUUGGUGGAUGGGACUACCAGCUCUCUGUAACCUAGAGAGCAACCAGUGGGUCCAUCUCCUCUAUACCAUGUUUCUUGUCAGAUGACAAUGUCUGUAUUUUUUAUUUAUUUGGUGAAGUCCAGGUUCCUGCUCUUUAGGCCAAAGGCAGAUGACAUCAGACCUUGAAUAUUCCAGGAUGAGAUAGUGCCUGGGCUUUGUGUUCCAUAAAGUGUCCACAUCUGCCAGGCUGAUCCUCAACACGGGCGCCCCUCAGCUCAGUCCCCUCCUGUACUCCCUGUUCACCCAUGACCGCAUGGCCAGGCACGACUCCAACACCAUCAUUAAGUUUGCCGACGAUACAACAGUGGUAGGCCUGAUCACCGACAACGAUGAGACAGCAUAUAGGGAGGAGGUCAGAGACCUGGCCGUGUGGUGCCAGGACAACAACCUCUCCCUCAACGUGAUAAAGACAAAGGAGAUGAUUGUGGACUACAGGAAAAAAAAUAAGACUGAGCAUGUCCCUAUUCUCAUCGACGGGCUGUAGUGGAGCAGGUUGAGAGCUUCAAGUUCCUUGGUGUACACAUCACCAACAAACUAACAUGGUCCAAACACACCAAGACAGUCGUGAAGAGGGCACGACAAAGCCUAUUCCCCCUCAGGAGACUGAAAAGAUUUGGCAUGGGUCCUCAGAUCCUCAAAAAGUUCUACAGCUGCCCCAAUGAGAGCAUCCUGAAUGGUUGCAUCACUGCCUGGUAUGGCAACUGCUCGGCCUCCGACCGCAAGCCACUACAGAGGGUAGUGUGUACGGCCCAGUACAUCACUGGGGCCAAGCUCCUGCCUCAGCCUCUAUAACAGGCGGUCAGAGGAGGCCUAAAAAUUGUCAAAGACUCCGCCACCUAGUCAUGACUUCUCUCGCUACCCACGUAAGCUACCGGAGGCGUCUGGUGGUCUUCUAUAGCUCUACCCCAAGUCAUAGACCCUGAAAGCUAACAAAUGCUACCCAAAUUGCAUUGUCCCCCAUCUUUUAAGCGCUGCUACUCCGUCUAUGCACAUUUACUCUACCUACUGUACAUAUACUUCUCUCCGGUGUACCGGUUCCCCGUACCGCACGGCUGCUCUUAAUUUUUGUUACUGUACCGGAGGCGCCAUGUCUAGGUCCACAAAGGCUUCUUAAUAGCUGCUUCUACCAACCCACCCCAGUCAUAAGACUACGACGACUAAUCAAAUUGGCUACCGCAGAGGUUCUCGCGAGUGGGGGUCCCGAGGUCUGAGAGGUGUCUGCUGGUCUGGGCGGGUGUCUGUUGAUCUAUUGCUCCUGUGUUAGGUGUUGGGGCUGCGGUUGAGGGUGAUGUCCCUUUAGGGGUUCCUGGCGAAGGGGGCACUGCUGCCUUGUAUAGGUGGACCUGGUCGUAAAGGCUGUUCAGUCCAGGGUGGAGUGGUGGGACAGGUAAAACAUUUGGUUUUGAGGCACAGUCACAGGAAAUACUUGUGUUUACCCGCUGUAUGGUGGAAGGUCAGAAGUAUUUUGUGGUAGCAGGGUGGAGAUAACCACUAGUGGGUUGGGGAAAGUAGAAGAAGCUUUUUCAAUCAGUCUCUCGCUCUCUCUUUCUCUCUCUCUCUCUCUGCAUAUUGCUGCUCUCUCUAUGGGACAGCUUUCUCUCUUUAUAUCUCCUCUGUAUCACUCUAUCUCUGUAUCCCUACGUCUCUGUGUCAACUACACCCAUGUCUCUCUCUCCUGGCCUGUGACUCUCACGGCUGUCACUUCCAUAUGCUGUGGAAUCUGUUCAUUAUGGUACACAGAGCUAGACCUCUAGCUACCUGCCUGUUAUACUGUACCUGGUAAGACCUGGUGGAAUUUACAGGGACAUUUAACCAACAGAGUUAACAGCAUCAUCAACCCAUUAAACGGUAUUUCUUUGUGUUUUGUGGCAGACAGACAGACUGACAGGCAGAUGGACAGAUGAGGCAUAAUACUGGUUUUAGGGUUGAAGGUUGAGGGUCUGUGCUCAAUUAGUGGUUAAUUUGUUUCUAAUGAGGAUCAGUGUUCACUGAGAAAAACGUGUCUUGUUACUGAAAUGAACAGCUUGCCCCCACAGUGAGGAGCUCUGAGCUCUACCUCCAUCACUGUGUCCUCUCCUCUGCCUGCAGCCCAAAGAGGUCCACAACAAAUGGCUCUGCAGCUACAAUCCCUGCUUCUCUGGCUCUCUACCCAACACAACAAAUAGGAGUGUGUGUGUAUUUCUUUAUAUGCACCAUGUGGAUUUAUGUCCAGUCUCAAAUCUCUGGAAGACUGAAACAGGUUUCCCUCAAGAAUGUCCCUGUAUUUAGCGCCAUCCAUCAUUCCUUCAAUUCUGACCAGUUUCCAUGUCUCUGCCGAUGAAAAACAUCCCCACAGCAUGAUGCUGCCACCAACAUGCUUCACUGUGGGGAUGGUGUUCUCGGGGUGAUGAGAGGUGUUGGCUUUGCACCAGACAUAGCGUUUUCCUUCUAAUAAUAAUAUGCCAUUUAGCAGACGCUUUUAUCCAAAGCGACUUACAGUCAUGCGUGCAUACAUAUUAUUUUUUGUCUUUUUUGUGUGUGUAUGGGUGGUCCCGGGGAUCGAACCCACUACCUUGGCGUUACAAGCACCGUGCUCUACCAGCUGAGCUACAGAGGACCACAGCCAAAAAGCUCAAUUUUAGUCUCAUCUGACCAGAGUACCUUCUUCCAUAUGUUUGGGGAGUCUCCCACAUGGCUUUUGGCUAACACAACGUGUUGCUUAUUUUGUUCUUUAAGCAAUGGCUUUUUUCUGGCCACUCUUUCAUAAAGCCCAGCUCUGUGGAAUGUAUGGCUUAAAGUGGUCCUAUGGACAGAUACUCGAAUCUCCGCUGUUGUGCUUUGCAGCUCCUUCAGGGUUAUCUUUGGUCUCUUUGUUGCCUCUGAUUAAUGUCCUCCUUGCCUGGUCCGUGGGUUUUGGUGGGCGGCCCUCUCUUGGCAGGUUUGUUGUGGUGCCAUAGUCUUUCCAUUUUUUAAUAAUGGAUUUAAUGGUGCUCCGUGGGAUGUUCAAAGUUUCAGAUAUUUUUUUAUAACCCAACCCUGAUCUGUACUUCUCCACAACAUUGUCCCUGACCUGUUUGGAGAUCUCCUUGGUUUUCAUGGUGCCUCUUGCUUGGCCUUGCUUAGUGGUGUUGCAGACUCUGGGGCCUUUCAGAACAGGUGUAUAUAUACUGAGAUCAUGUGACAGAUCAUGUGACACUUAGAUUGCACACAGGUGGACUUUAUUUAACUAAUUAUAUGACUUCUGAAGGUAAUUGGUUGCACCAGAUCUUAUUUAGGGGCUUCAUACCAAAGGGGGUGAAUACAUUUGCACACACCACUUUUCCAUUAUUUAUUAAUUCGAAUUUCCUUUUAACAAGUUAUUUUUUACAUUUCACUUCACCAAUUUGGACUAUUUUGUGUAUGUCCAUUACAUGAAAUCCAAAUAAAAAUCAAUUUAAAUUACAUGUUGUAAUGCAACAAAAUAGGAAAAACGCCAAGGGGGAUGAAUACUUUUGCAAGGCACUGUAUCCGAAAUCUUCCGUCUCUCUUUAAGAAGCCCAAGCCAGAGAAAAGAGACAUUGUGGAGCCCAGUGAGAGUGGAGCACUAGCAGCUCUCUUCUCCCCAACACGGGACGACAUCUAGGAGAACCUAGCAGCACAGAGAGGCCCUCAGACUGGACUAACACACACACACACACACACAUACACACAUUUACACACACACACACACACACACACACACACACACACACACACACACACUACAAUCAGCUGUUACAGGACUUCGACUGGACUAGUACACAGAUACACUUUUUACCCUCCCCAGUGGAAAUUUGCUUCCGAAUGAUUGGCUCACCAAGGGUAGGACGUUCCUAUCUUAUUGAUCAACAGUAUGAUGAAUGGACUCUACAAACUGUGGACAAAGGGAAUCAGAAUAUUCUGUCAUGGACUGAGCCCUGCUAACUGGUAAUAAAUAUUUAUCCAAAUAAUGUGUGUCUGUCUGCCUUGAUCAGAAAUAUGGAACAAUAUGUCUGAAGACCAUGAUGGUGGUGAAGAUGAUGGUUAUUGUCCUUAAAGAGGACAUGGCUGUUGCCAUAAACCCUGCAGGUUGUAAAUGGUAAGAAUACAUUGCAUUUAUACAGCUCAUAUCCUCACUAGCACAACACAUUUAGUUUAUAUUGUGUUUUGGUGUCUCCGCUAACAUGGACCAUCCACGUAGGUGAUAAACAUAGAUAGAUAGAUAGAUUGAGGACCAAUUUUUAUGUCUGAGCCAAUACAGCGUCUGUGACAUCAUGGGCAGCGCCACUGAGGCUACAACUCAGUUGACUACGUGACUACUUUAAAAUGAUGGAUGAUGUCAAUGCCAGUAGCAAUGGCAAGGGUAAAUCCAUGAUGAGUCCUUUAUCUAUCUCUAUGGCGCUAAAUGAUGGCAGCCAUUUUGUGCCACAAGAACCUGAAUGGGAUCCAGUGAGCACGUCUGAGGUGGGAGAAUUCAGAGUAGUCUGCUGUAUAAGGAGAGCUAUCAUCAAGCCAAUGUUUUGUACAGGAUCAUUACCCUGUUGAUGGAUGAAGUAGAACUGUCAUUAUUGUGACUUUUUGUUUGUUUGUACUGGUUCUCCCAGCUAUGAACGAAUGAGAAACCAGCACUACAUUCCUCUUAUGUUAAAGGGAUAGUUUGCUGCAACAAGUUUUGUCAGGCGUUAUUGUUUGUAAAAACUGACUGACUAGUGGAGAGCUCAUAUUUUAUGCCAUCUGUUUUGUAGAUAACAUUGUUUACAUUUGAAAAAGAUCUACAGGCCUCAAUCAGGGGACAAAGUAUUUAAAACCGAAGUGCUGUUUAAAUUUGUCUGUUUUUAAAUAAAAGUAGACUUGAAAGUCAUUUUAAAUGGUUCAUGUUACAUUUUAGUCAUUUAGCAGACGCUCUUAUCCAGAGUGACUUACAGUCAUGCGUGCUUACAUUUUUGUGUAUGGGUGGUCCCGGGGAUCGAACCCACUACCCUGGCGUUACAAGCGCCGUGCACUACCAGCUGAGCUACAGAGGACCUGCUAUGUUAUGCCAUGGUCUACAAAUGUAAAGACAGUUUUUGUAAUUUUGUGAUGGGUAAAGCUGUGAUGUGCAGGUCAAUAAUAAUGUUUUACAUAGAGAAUAAAACAUACAGGGAAGAAGUGCACAGUGUGCAAAUCCACUGUCAUUGGCCCUGUUUGUAAAUGGAUGCAUGUAUUCACAAGGGUGGGGUCCAUGUUAAGUAUUCAAACAGGACCAGAGACUAUUGAAAUCUGGCCCAGGUUUCCAGUAAACUCCACCCCCGAGUCACCUGACGACUAAAGUGCAUCUCAGUGCUGUAACUUUAAUAACUCUCCAGGACUCAUGUCUGUCUGACACAACGGAACUCUGGGAUUUUAUUUAGAUUGUUCUGAAAUAUCAGGGUGUUAAACCAACCAAUACAAGGUAAUAUCAUUAAAACUGUGACCUUUACAUGCAGCUUGACUUGUUUUGAAUUAAGUUUCCUCUUUAAGACUGAAAGUAACUUUCAGAUAUCGUUCCAGGACAGGGAGUGACACUGUCAUCUCUAGAUGGGAUACAGCUUUUGUCAAAUUAAAAUCAAAAGUAAUAAUUGUUUUGCAUUUUAGCCAACACUAACCCUUUUCCUAACUUUAAGCUAAUUAUCCUAACCUGCUACAUUAAUUUUCCUAACCUGCUGCGUAGGUUAUCCUAAACCUGCUAUCAAUUUUGAUAAAGCUGUAUCCCUUCUAGACAAAAACCUAGUGACACAGCGUGAGAAAAUGGCUUCUAGUUCGUCUCUCACAGAGGAGGAUUUCUCCUGUACGGUGUGCCUUGACAUCUUUAAGGAUCCUGUCAUGUUGUCAUGCAGCCACAGUUUCUGCCAAGCCUGUCUAAAGGAAUGCUGGGAAGACAAGGAAUCUCGGGAAUGUCCAGUUUGCAGGAGAAGAUCGUCUAAGGAUCAUCCUCCUACAAACCUCUCUCUAAAGAACCUCUGUGAGGCCUUACAGGAAAGGAGACAGACAGAUCUGAUAAGUCCAACCACAGGGUCCAAGGUGCUCUGCAGUCUGCACAGUGAGAAACUCAGGCUGUUCUGUCUGGAGGAUAAAGAGCCCAUCUGUUUGGUGUGUCAGGUCUCAAAGAAACAUAAAGCUCAUGACUGCAUCCCUGUAGAUGAGGCUGUACAGGAUCACAAGGUAGGAGAAAGAUUUUGAUAGAAAAUAGGUGAUAGAUCAAUACUAAAAAACUAUGGAACAUGAAGUUAUAAAUGUUUUCUUUAUGAGUCCUCCUCAUUUAGAUAAUAGAUUGAUUUUCUGCACAUUGUGUUGACUGAAUGAUUGUGAAUUUCAUUUUCUGAUACAUUCUAAAUAGUCUUAGAGAUCCUGAGUGAAAACAUAGGUAUCUCUGACAUUGAAUCUUAAAACAAGGAUAAUAAGUAUCUGCAGUGAUAGAGAUGUGUUGUACAGACAUGCUCUCUCCUAUGAAGUGAGUCCAGAGGUUGUCUCCUCAGUGAGGUUCUGUCUCAUUCCAGGAGGAACUCCAGACUGACCUGAAGCCCUUACAGGAGAAGCUGAAGGUCUUUAAUGAAGUUAAACAAACCUGUGAUCAAACAGCAGGGCACAUUAAGGUUAGUAUAAACCAUGCUAAGUUGCAAUAGUACAGCAUGUAUUGUUUGAAUUGUAGCCUACAUGUAGGAUUUUAUUCUGAUAAUAAUUAUAGAAUGAGAUAUUCUUCUCACUGUCUCCAGAGCCAGGCCCAGCACACAGAGAAGCAGAUUAAGAAGGAGUUUGAGAAACUUCACCAGUUUCUACGAGAGGAAGAGGAGGCCAGGAUAGCUGCUCUGAAAGAGGAAGAGAAGCAGAAGAGUCAGAAGAUGAAGGAGAAGAUUGAGCAGAUGAACAGAGAGAUUUCAUCACUUUCAGACACAAUCAGAGCCAUAGAGGGGGAGCUGAAAGAUGAAGAUAUCUCAUUCCUGCAGGUAAGGACUGCUCUCUCUCAAACAUAGAUUAUAAAUUAACUAAAAGAUUGAUAGAUGAAUCAAUGAUAUUGAUGACUAUAUACUCUACUUUCCAGAACUUCAAGACCAUGAAGGAAAGGUAAGUGAUCUGCUUCUCGUCUCUCGCUUCUCUGUGGUUGUGAACCCAACCCCACAGAAGUGCUGACUCCUGAAUGUUAUUCUAGAGCCCAGUGCACAAUGACGGAUCCACAGCUGUUGUCAGGGGCGCUGAUAGACGUGGCCAAACACCUGGGCAACCUGAACGUUCAGAGUCUGGGAGAAGAUGCAGGGGAUCGUCAAACACAGUGAGUACUGGAUAGGAGAGGACAUGAUUGAGAAUAAUGUAAGAUAGAUUUGAAUUAAGUAGGCUAUUUUAAGUAGUAUUCUUAGUGUAUAUGAAAAAAGAUACAUGGUAUAAUGUGUGGAAUAUCUCUGCCUUUGUUCUGAAGCUCCUGUGAUUCUGGACCCCAACACUGCAUCCCCCUGGCUCUCUCUGUCUGAUGAUCUGACCAGUGUGAGUCAGACUGGCCCAAAGCAGCAGCUCCCUGACAACCCUGAGAGAUGCAUGAAGUAUGCAGAUGUUCUGGGCUCUAAGGGGUUCAGCUCAGGUAAACACAGCUGGGAGGUGGAGGUGGGGGACCAUCCUAUCUGGAACCUGGGCGUGGCUAAAGAGUCAGUUGACAAGAAAGGGGAGCUGACUGUAUCACCAGAGUAUGGAAUCUGGGCUAUACUGCAGAGGAGUGGUGGUGAGUAUAGUAAUGGAAUAGGAGAGACCCUCCUCCUGAAGAGGAUACCCCAGAGGAUCAGAGUGCAGCUGGACUACGACCGGGGGGAGGUGUCCUUCUACGACUCCAAAGACAUGACACUCAUCUACACUCAUAAAGACACAUUCACUGAGACGCUCUACCCAUACUUCUCUAUUGGAUCAUCUGGUGAUGCCAAAAGCACUGGUGUACAGAUCUGCCAAUCAGAGGUGUCUCUGACAGUGAUGUCAUCCCAAUGAGGUUGUGUGUGUGUUUGUGUGUCUGAGACACAGAGAGAGAAACAUGAGUCAACUAUACUCAUACUUCUGUCAUUUUUCCUAAUUAAAAAACUCAGUGGGGUCUCAACUUACUGUUGAGAGAAUAGCAGUAAACAUAAGGUGACAUUUAGAAACUUAGUUGUUCAUCAGCUGUUCUCCUCUUAAGUCACUCACUGACAGUCACUCAAUUAGCCCAUGUCAGUUAAAAAUGUUUUGAUUGGUAAAUUAGUUUAGUUACUCUAGCCAGCUGUCUAAACAUGUUGACAUAAUGGCUGAAUUACUGAACGGGCACGCAGGGCACGUGCCAAGAGGCCCUGACCUCCAGGGGGCCCCAAUUGAUUUUGUUAGUCACUUUCACUCAGAUAUCAUAUUAACAUUGCAUUAGUCAUGUCAAAAUGUGUAGAAUGCAGGAAAUUAGCUGUGAAACUACAAAAUAAUUGUUCUGUAAAGCAAACUCAUAUGUUUACUUUUUGUUAAUAAAAUACUUUUUCUGCUAACAUAUCCCUCUGUACGUAUUAAAUUAUAGUUUUUAAUCCCGGUGCUGAGUUAAUGUGAGUUAAUGUGUAGCAGCUAAUUGUACAGCUAAUAGGCUAUGUGUUUGUAGAUGGACUGAGGUGAAUGAAGCUACAGCAACCAAUGUGAUAAUGGCUUGGGUAAUUUCUGCCUGUUUUUACUCUUCUCCAAAAAGCAUUUUAAUGUUUUAAAAUUGUAUAGAAAUUCAGUAAAUGAGAUAAAACAAAUCAGUGAGACCCCUUGACUGCCCUGACCUCCAGGAGGCCCACAUUGAUUUUGUUAGUCACUCUCACUCAGAUAUAAUUAUUAACGUGAUAUAAGUCAUGGCAAAAUGUGUAGAAUUGCAGGAAAUUAUCUGUAAAACUGCACAAACAAAAUGUGUAGGUCAACUGAUAGGGCAGCAGCAGCAGUAGACUGGUGACUCCAGGACCCAGAAACACAUUGGACAGGCAGGAGAAAGAGAACAUCAGCUUUAGAGGGGUCAGUACACUCUCCAUAGAUAAUCCUGUGUGUAGUGGGGUCAGUACUAUACACCAUUACACCUCUCCAUAGAUAAUCCUGUGUGCGUGUGUGUGUGUGUUAGUAAUAGGGGUGGUAUAGUGAAGUGUUACUUUGUCUCAGCUUCAAACCAAACAAAUGAAACUUUCCUUUAGAAUGGUGGGCCUCAUGAUUCACAGAUAUAAACCAGUGGGUGACGGCGUCGUCCCCCCCAUUACUAAUAUGAUAAUAAUUAUAGUAUAUGUUCAUAAUAUGGUCAUUUAGCAGACACUUUUAUCCAUCCAGAGUGACAUAUGAAGGGCUCCAACCCACAGCCAUGGUGACCUAUUUAAUCCAUGACUACUGAAGUGGGGUAUGGAUGGAGUGCCAGAACUCCCUGCCUCAGCUCUCCCCAAUGGGGUUUAUUUGAGUGAUGACGUCGGAUGGGUUUAGCUCAAAGGUUAAGUAGAACGGACAUAACUCUGAAUAAUGUGUAAAGUGUCUUAAAAGCAUUAUUGCCGUUCAUGGCCAGUGUGCUAAGCACCAAAACAGUUGUCUACAAGGUUUUAAUAUGUUCUAAAUGUUAUACAUUUUAAUUAGUUUAAUCUCUUCUUUGUUCUGUUUGGAAAGAGACGACACGUCUCAUUUCCAACUGGUCAUUCAGGUCAAGUAAGAGUUAUGAAGACUGACUAGAACAACCAAUGAGAACCAAACUACAACCCGUAUAUUGUGUUUUUCUUGUCUUAAACUUUUGCUUGCGUUUUGAGGUAAUGUUACUACUAUGUAAAGCAUGCAAUGUGGACAAAUAGUGUUUUUAUUUGUAUCAAGUGUUGGUAUUAUUUAGCUGUAGGCAGUAUUUUCUCAGUUAGGUAGGAAUACGCUGGAUCUCUAGGGAGUUUACGCUACAUUGUAGUAAAUUACAAAGGAUGGUUAAAUUCAGAUUGACUCUAGACUUGGUAAUUUAAGCAAAGUGUUUUGAGGGCCUUAAAAUUCUAUUAGUAAAGUAGUAAAGUUGAGGUGUGAUUGAAGAUCUUUUAUUGAAUCUUUAUUUAAGCCUGUAGGUCUCAUUGAGAUAGUCUAAUGUAUUCCAGUUGGUGUAGCUGUGGAGGCAGUAGCAUCAUCAAUGUUGCUGUUCUAAUGUGUUGAGACUGAGGAGAGAGACUGGGAUGAGUGUGAAGGAAAGAUGGAGGGAGAGAUGAGGGAAGUCUUGGAACAUGGAAUGUUGGGCAAUGACUAGGGUUGUUCCUGGUCAGGAAAUCCUCUGGGCCCUAGAUGGUCGGGUCACUUGUUAAGAAAAACCUCUUGGCCCUAGAUGUGAUUAGGUCAUGUGUUAAGAAAAACCUCUGGACCCUAGGUGUGAGUGACAUGCCAAAGGUCACAUGUUAAGGAAAACCUCUGGGCCCUCGGUAUGGUUGUGUCACGUGUUAAGGAUAAGCUCUGGGCCCUAGGUGUGGUCAGGUGACUUGUUAAGGAAAACCUCUGGGCCCUAGAUGUGAGAGGUCAAAGGUCUAGGAGUAACUAAUGGUGUUGUGUUAUUACAACAUGUGUGAACUCACCAUUUAUCUUUUGGCAGUUUGUUUCUUUAGCCAAAGUCUUUAUUUCCAACACUUUGAUUUUCUCUCUAUUUAACUUUUUUCAUUUGAAGACUUUUCUUUGUGUUUUUUACUGUCUCAGAGUACAACCACUAUGUGUCUUAA